GAGAAGCAGGUAGCGAUGUCAACGAAGUUCUGACAAUUUUUUGCAAUAAUAAUAAUUGUUGGUCUGGAUGUUUCCGUACGUUUCAACCCCCAGUGGAGCAAAGAGACUUGACUUUGAGCCAGAAGGACUCCAACAGUUCAACCUGUUUUCUCCUUCCAGUCAUUCUUGUACUGAAGAUCAAUGGACGCCGAAGAAAGCACCUCUGCAAGGGUGCAUGUGGACUCGUAUACUUAUAAGCAACUGAUCAUUUUGAUCCAUCAGUUUCUUGCGGAGGAGAAUUUCGAGGAGAGUCUUCAUCUAUUUGAGCAAGAAUCAAGAAUUUAUUUCAAUCUGAGGUAUUUUGGGGAUGUAAUUGUCAAUGGUGAGUGGGAGAAGGCAGAAAAUUAUCUUUCUGCAUUCACAAGGACCGGUGAUAGUUUUUUGUCAAGGGAGAUAUUCCACAGGAUGCGGAAACAGAAAUGUCUUGAGACAAUGCUCAGAAAUAACCUUGCUGAAGCUGAAACCUUUUUGCAGAAGGAUUUAAGUCUGCUUUCUGCUUCUGCUGCUGAUCAUUAUGGAGAGUUUACCAAGGUCCAUUUUUCAGGGAGUAUCAGGAAUGAUGAGAAAUUAUCCUGGCACAUUUCAGUACACACGAGGGCCAACUUGCAGAGUGAUCUGAAGAAGUUAAUAGAGGAAAAUCCUAUUUUCCAAGAUAAACUCUCGCUUCCAAAAUUAAAUGCUUCUGGACUUUUUUCAAUAAUGUGUCUCAUCCACACAUGCCCAGAAAAGGAAACGAGCAUUAAAGAAGAACUAAUUUACUUAAUUCUUCAGUUUCUUGAUGAAGAAAAGUUCAUGUUGACUCGUCACAAAUUGGAGCAAGAAACAAAGAUGUUUUUCAAUCUUAAUCAUUUUGGGAAAUUAAUUAUUGAUGGAGAAUGGUAUGAGGCAGAGAAGUACCUUUCGGCCUUCACAAAAUUGGAUGACCAGUAUCCAUUACAGAGAAUUUUCAAGAUACGAGAUGGAAGACACCUUGAAGCUUUCGAUGGAAAGAGUGACUAUUUAUCCAACUUUACUGAUCCUUCUUCUGUAAGAGCUGACCUGAUUGAUGGUCGGAAUCAAUUAAUUAGCAAGUAUCCUAUUUUGCAAUAUAAAGUCAAGUUUCCUUGCAUGAAUAAAUCAAGACUCUUGACAAUAAUCAAGCAGACUAUGGAUUGGUGGUUUCUCCAUCAUACAGAAGCAAGGGCUAAUCCUGAUAACAGGACUUUUUCUCUGGCUACUGUACCUAGAGUACCUUACCUUUGUUAUGGUCCAUCUGUUCCCAUUAGUUCAUCUAGUUUGGAGACAGGAGAAUCAAGCUCACCAUGGACUUGUGGGUCUAACGAUGCAAGCUGCAUGACUGAUGCGAAUUCUGGGUUCAGCUUGAAGAGAACUGAAAAAUCUGAAUUACAAGUCACAAAAAACUGCUCAAGCCAGAAAGAGAUGGAAAUAGGAAGUAACGACCAGAUAGACCAAAAUUGUGGAGUUGGCAUAAAAUCAUCAACUGAUAUAGUAGAGAUCAAUGAACCAUCUCAAUGCUGCAUGCUUGUACUUCCUGAUGAUUCAUUGUUCGCAAGGGUUGCUAGAUUGAAUUAUACUUGUUCAGGGGAUUUCAUACUGGCCUUAGCCCAAAAUGCUGUGCACAAACUUUGGCUUUUACAUGAUGAUAAAUGCUUGUCAGGAAAGGCAUUAACUGAUAUACAACCUUCUUUACAUCAACCUUCGAAUGGGCAAGCUAUGACAAAUUAUGCAAGUGAAAAUCAGAAGGACGUUGAUCACUGCUUUGCACUGAAAGAUCAUCAUCUUCUGUCAGCUUCAGGUGGAAGAAUCUCCAGAUAUAAUCUGAAGACAUUAGAGACAGUGGAUACAUUUGCAGUGCCUCCACCUGUGGCUACGUAUUUCAUUUUUCUCUCUCAAGAGAUCUUUGCUAUUGCUUUUGAUGAUUCAAGAAUUUUAAUUUACUGUACCUGCACGAAAAAGGUCAAAGCCGAGCUCCAAGGUCAUCAAAAGACCACAUGUCUUGCUUUUUCUCAAAGUUUAAAUGUGCUUGCGUCAUCAGGGACUGAUGCUCAGCUUUGUGUUUGGGAUGCAGCUGGAUGGAAGAAACGGGCAAGUAAGACUUUGUACAGUUUGCAUACAGGGCAGGUGCCAAACCCGCCGGUAGUGAACUACAUUGAAUUUCACAAGGACCAAGCUCACUUACUAAUUGUCAAUGAGAGGCAGAUAGACAUAUAUGAAGCACCUAUGCUGAAUCACUUUAUGCAGAGAGUUCUACCAGAGUCAGAUCCGCCCAUUACUUACGCUACUUAUUCAUGUGAUGGUCAAUCAAUUUUUGUGAGCUUCAAAAAUGGGUGCAUAAAAAUCCUUUCCAGCGAGGCACUUGAAGUAAGAUGCAGGAUCAGCCUUAGUGCGUAUGCACAACCAAACCCUAGCUUGGAGGUGUAUCCUACAGUUGUGGCGGCACAUCCAUAUAAACCAAAUCAAAUUGCCCUUGGGCUAACUGAUGGUAGGGUUGUUCUUCUUGAGCCUCUAGCGUCUGAAGGAGGGUGGAGAAAGGAAGGCCGAACUUCUUGCUCCUAACUUCUACAACUAGUAGCACCUUUUGAUUUUUGUCUGACUACAUUUGUAUCAGGGGAACUUGUAUAUAUCUUAAACCCAGCCUGCUGAUCUAUAUCCUCUUGUGUUUCACUACCCCCCCCCCCAAAAAAAAAAAAAAAACUCUUUCCUCUUUGUUGGAUACGGACGGCUGGCCGAUGUGAUCGUGAGGGUUGGAGGUUUAAAUGUAGUUGGGGGAGAAAUAGCAGCUCAGUGACAAUUUGUACUCCCUUUGGGGAGUAGUGUUAUGGCUGGUGCUGUAUUCAUUUGUAAAUUGGAGAUCAACUCACAAAAUGGAAAGGAAUUCAUUCA